AUGGACCCAUCAACUUGCGAGCGAAUUGCGCAAUCGCUGCAAGUCUUGGCGACGGAUGGGAGCGACACAGUUGACCGGUCUCUUCUCCUCGAAGCCUUGGGUCGACUCGAGCCCUGCUGGACGGAUGAAGACCUCCUGAAGAUCCUGCGGGCUGCCGGCAUUGAGGAGGAUGCGCCCAUCAGCUGCGAGGCGUUCACGCGGUGGCUUUUUGAUGAGAGCCGCCAGCCAGCGGUCGCCACGAGCUCGUCAGCUUUGGACCUGGCGAAGCAGCGCUUCCCACAGUUGGGGGAGAUCCCUGAGGUGACAAAGAUCACUGAUGAUAUGACUGUCGAGUUCCUGACAGAUGUCGAGGGAAACUGGGAAUACAUGGUCCACUUCGUGUCCUUGAGCCAUGUCCUGUUUUGGGAUGGCGAGGAGCGGGGGGCCUGGGGCCCAGGCCAGCUUUGCAUGCGGGAGGACGGCUACCUGGUCUUCGGAGGCGAUGCAGUGGACAAGGGCCCAGGCGACAUUCGGGUCGUGAAGACCCUCCUCUCCCUGAAGCAGCGCUACUGGUCAAGAGUUUUCAUCGUUUUGGGAAACCGAGACAUCUGCAAACUUCGCUUCUACGCCGAGCUGGCGUCCGGUGAGGACGGUGCGAGCUUCGAGGAGAAGGGUGGUGCCUACUGGAUUCCAAAGCCGGCGCCUUUCCCGGAUUACGAUGACUACCUGCGCGAGAAUAACUUGCAGCGGGGUCAUGUUAGCACAGUUCGCUGGGUGCUGGACUGCAACAUGGGAUGUCAGACAACGACAUUCAAGACCAGAAGGCACGAGCUCGCACUUCUUGGCAGAUCUGCCACCGAUGAAGCUGUGGUUCAGAGCUAUCGAGAUGCGGUGGACCCUGGCGGUGCGGAUCCCUGGAUGCUGGACCUCCUGCGGGUGGGGCAGCUCGCCGUGAUUGUCGGCGAUGCCUUAUUCAUCCAUGGAGGACUGUACGACGAUGCACUAGGUGCUGUUCCUGGCGAGGAGGUGCCAAGAGACAGCAUGCACUCCUGGGCUGCAGCGCUGAACGCAUGGAAGGACGUGGCCUUUGCAAGGGUCCAUUUUGUGCCAGAACAGACUCCUAGAUUUUUACAGCCGAGCACUGCGGCAGACGACUCGGAUGAGAGCCCUCCACCCAUGGCGAUGAAGGUGUCUCAGAUUCUUCCUCACGUGUGGGUGAUGGAUGAGGCGGUUCCCCAGUCGUUGCUAGAUCAUGUGGACCAGGCUUUUGCCACAGAUAGCCGGAGCACUACCACGAAGGAGGAGUAUCAUGGUAGGCCCCUCACGUCGCGCAGUAUCGAGUUCGAAAUGGAUGAAACUGCAAGACCUUUCUUCGAGAUGAUCGCACACUGCUGGGGUUUAAGCUUUGAGGAGCCCUUCAACAAGUUCAUGGUCUCGGACAUUUGUGGUGCUGGACAGUCUGCUCAUGUGGACCACAUAAACCUUGAUGACCUCGAUGGCCGCAACUGGAAGUUCCUGGAUUUGGGCCUCCAAAGCUCCGAGCCCCGGAACCCCCGGAAGGUGGUGCCUACCGUGACCGUCGUGGUCUACUUCAACUCUGUGGGAGGUUUUUGA